AUGGCGUCUUCUUCUUCUCUCCUUGGAAUAUCUUUUUCCUUAAUAUUAUUCUCGGCUCUGCUAAUCGCACCGACUGUCUCACAGUCAUGUUCGUCACAGACAUUCUCCGGCAUCAAAUCUUACCCUCACUGCCUCGACCUCCCUAACCUCAAAGCCUUCCUCCACUACUCUUAUGACUCCGCUAACAAAACCCUCGCCGUCGUCUUCACCGCUCCUCCGUCUAAACCCGGCGGAUGGAUCGCUUGGGCGGUUAACCCGAAAUCCACCGGUAUGGCCGGAUCUCAAGCUCUCGUCGCCUCGAAAGACUCCAAAACCGGCGUUGCCUCCGUCACGACGCUUAACAUCGUCUCCUACAGCUCUCUCAUCCCUGGAAAGCUAUCGUUCGAUGUGUGGGACGUCAAGGCGGAGGAGGAAGCGGCCGGAUCUCUUCGCAUUUUCGCGAAGCUGAAAGUUCCGGCGGAUUUAGCGGCGAGUGGGAAGCUUAACCAGGUUUGGCAGGUCGGACCGGGAGUGUCCAACGGAAGAAUACAGACGCACGAUUUCAACCCUCCGAAUCUGAAAGCCUCUGGAUCUCUCGAUUUAACCGGCGCCACCACCACCGUCCCCGUCUCCGGCGGCGGCGACGUCGACUCCAAACUUCAUAAGAGAAACAUCCAUGGGAUAUUGAACGCCGUGAGCUGGGGAUUGCUGUUUCCGAUCGGAGCAAUAAUCGCAAGAUACAUGAGGAUAUUUGAAUCUGCAGAUCCUGCUUGGUUCUACCUCCACGUGUCAUGCCAAUUCUCUGCUUACGUCAUCGGAGUCGCCGGGUGGGCCACCGGGCUCAAGCUCGGGUCCGAAUCUAAAGGUAUUACCUUCUACAGCCACCGCAACAUCGGCAUUGCUCUCUUCGCUAUGGCCACUCUUCAGAUGUUUGCCAUGUUGUUGCGGCCAAGGAAGGACCACAAGUUCAGAUUUUUCUGGAAUAUUUACCACCAUGGAGUUGGGUACUCGAUUCUUAUCCUUGGAAUCAUCAACGUUUUCAAAGGUCUUAGUAUCUUGAAACCGGAGCAUACUUACAAGACGGCUUAUGUUGCUGUGAUUGCGACUCUAGGAGGGAUCACUUUGAUCUUGGAAGCUGUUACUUGGGUUAUUGUCAUCAAGAGAAAAUCUUCUAAUUCUACAAGGUCUACCAAGGCCUAA